UAGACGAUCCACACGUAAACGGCAACAUGCAACUCGGUCUCUGGUUUGGCAUUUUCGCCAUCGCCGCCGCGCCGCUGGUGAGCGCAAACUAUGGUCCCGCUGGUGGACAUGGACAGUACCUGCCUGGUCCCAAUGCCGGACUCGAGGAGUACGUAAAUGUGGCGACUGGUGGCAACCAGCCGGCUGCCAAUCAAAUUGCCUCACAGGCCGAGAUCCAGCCGUCGCCCGAGGAGGCUCGUCGUUUGGGUCGCGUCCAGGCUCAACUCCAGGCCCUGAAUGCCGAUCCCAACUACCAGAAGCUGAAGAACUCUGAGGAUAUUGCCGAGUCUCUGGCCGAGACCAAUCUGGCCAGCAACAUCCGUCAGGGCAAGAUCAAGGUGGUGUCCCCACAGUUCGUUGACCAGCAUCUGUUCCGUUCCCUGUUGGUGCCAUCGGGUCACAACAACCAUCAGGUGAUCGCCACCCAGCCCCUGCCCCCAAUCAUUGUCCACCAGCCCGGUGCACCGCCAGCCCAUGUGAACAGCGGACCACCGACCGUUGUGCGUGGCAAUCCCGUCAUCUACAAGAUCAAGCCUUCGGUCAUCUACCAGCAGGAGGUGAUCAACAAGGUGCCCACUCCAUUGAGCCUGAACCCUGUCUACGUGAAGGUCUACAAACCGGGCAAGAAGAUCGAGGCUCCUCUGGCUCCAGUGGUUGCCCCCGUCUACAGCCAGCCCAGGGAGUACAGCCAGCCUCAGGGUUAUGGUAGUGCCGGAGCUGCUUCCUCUGCCGCCGGUGCCGCGUCAUCUGCCGAUGGCAAUGGCUAUGGCAACGAGGGACCACUGUACAACAGUCCCGCGCCCUACGGCCAGCCCAACUACUAAAGUUGGUCAUCCUUGAGGGGCCACGGAGGCUCCUCUUCAGCUGCGACAGCUGGUUUAAUUUAAAUUUCUGUUUUUUUUUUCUUUGCCGACUGCUGAGCGCAAAUAAAUGAAAAAAUUCUU